AUGCUGUUUAAAUGGCUCUUUAAAGGAAAAUCCAUGUUGAACGCCGAUACCAAGAAUAGGGUUCCGAAGAAAUGUUCUAGAAGGAGGUCAGAAUGCGAUGGAUGUAGUGAACAUUCCACGCUAUUGGAAGAAAUUAUGAAGAUGGUAUUGUUCGGUGUAGUGCUCUGGGCAGGAGUUACUUUUGGAAGUCAUGUAGCUCCAUAUCCGCUAAAUCUUAUUAUUAAAACAGAAUUAAGUCAUCCACCACCUAUGUAUGAUUUUCCGUUUCCAAGUGCUGAAAUUUUGAAGAAGCUUCCGCCUGUGACUACCAUGAACAUGAAUCGGUCACUUGAGAUUAGCAACUUACAAGUAUCUAUGAUGAAAAGAUUUGAAAUGAAUUUAAAAUCGGCUGGGAUUUCACCCAGAACCGGUUCGGCUGCACAUGGACUUGUUAUCGAAGGCUCAGUUUCAGGCGAUGCUAUGCAUUACGAGAAGUCGUCCAUGAUUAUUAUAAAGGCAUCUCAAAAUUUAGCCUACACUAAAUGCAAGCGAUUUGGAUUACCUGACGAUGAGUGCGCAAGCUUAAUUAGCACUCUUAAUUUAAAGAAUACCGAGCUUGGACCAGAAUGUGCUGCUCUGGAGCAGUUCACAUGUCGUACAAUUAAGAUGUCUUCAAAGUACCGCACUUUUGAUGGUUCUUGUAACAACCCCGUGCGUUCUUCUUGGGGUCAGGCUAUGACCGGCUACAAACGUCUCCUACAUCCGAAAUACGCCGAUGGCAUUGAAGAGCCUCGCCGUGCUUUAAACCAUAAGGCUUUACCUUCAGCUCGCGCUAUCAGUACAAAACUCACAAGUAACCUGGAUGAGAUUAACCAUGAGAAAACUAUAGCCGUUGCCGUAUGGAGUCAGUUCAUCUACCACGAUUUGGUUCAUACUCCAGUUCGAAGGACAAUUCACACCAACCAGCAGAUUCGUUGCUGUGAUAACGAUGGAUUCCCUCUGUCUCCGCGGUAUAUUCAUCCCAGUUGCAUGCCUAUAACAGUUCCGCACGAUGAUCCCUUCUACAAAGACCAGUACGUUUCUUGUAUGGAAUACACAAGGUCUGUUACAACAUACAGAGGAGACUGCACUUUUGGAGCUGCUGAACAGAUGAACCAAGCAACUCAUUUUCUUGAUGGGUCGAACAUCUACGGAACCAACAGUCGAGAUGCAGCGGCUCUGAGAGAAAAGACUGGCGGCCUGCUAAAAACUUCGAGGAUAGAAGAUGAAGAGCACAUGCCCUUGGCAAUCAACCCCAUGGAGAAAUGUCUUGUGGAGAACAAUUCCGCUACUUGUUUCCAUACUGGCGACUCCCGUGCUAACUCUCAUCCCUGGUUGACAAGCAUGUACGCCGUGUGGGUACGAGAACAUAACCGUAUUGCCCGUAAUCUAGCUGAUCUGAACUCUGAAUGGAAUUCUGACAAACUGUAUCAUGAAACGCGAAGAAUCGUUAUCGCUGAAAUGCAGCAUAUCACGUAUAAGUUUUGGCUACCUGCAUUGACUGGUAAAACAUUUGAUGAAUUGUAUGACAGUUAUGAUGCUGGUUUCAAUUUUGAUGUAGACCCAACAAUUACGAAUUCCUUUGCGACGGCCGCUUUUCACUUUGUGAAUAGCCUUCUCGAUCAGGACAUACAGUUUAUGGCUGAAGACAAUACUCUAAUGUCAUAUCGUCUUCAAGAACAUUAUUACAAACCAGGAUUUGUAUCCCAGAAGAGAGGAUUGAAAAAGAUUUUGAGAGGCAUGACCACUCAGAAAAGUCAGGAAAUGGAUUUGAAUUACGAAGACGAUCUUCGAAACAAAUGGUUGGGUGGACUUGACGUUCUGGCAGUGGACGUGCAACGUGGUCGCGACCAUGGUCUGCCUGGCUACAUCCAGUACAGGGCGCUCUGCGGUCUACCGGUUGCUACCAGUUUUCAGCAUCUUAUCGAUAUUAUUCCGCAAGAGACAGUGGACAAGCUAUCGCAGCUCUACGAGCAGCCUGGUGAUGUUGACUUAGUAAUUGGACUUAUGGCUGAGAAACCUGUUCCCGGUUCACUGUUGGGUCCAACAGCUACUUGUUUGAUAAAGGAACAACUAUGGCGUACAAAGAACGGUGACAGAUACUUCUAUACACAUAUGGAUGAGGCAGGCCGAUUCACCAAGAGACAGCUCGCUGAAUUGAAGCGCGCUUCACUCGCUAGACUGCUCUGUGAUAAUGUUGGCUUCAGCAGCGUUCAAAGGGACAUCUUCCUGCCCCCCUCGGAGGCGAAUCCAACGGUAUCUUGCGAUGAGAUAAAGAAGGUAAAUCUUGAAGCUUGGCAGGAUCUAGCGCAGCAACCGGACAUCUUGACUCGCACCAAUAAAUGGAUCAAAAAUAAAGUUGGCAGUAAUUCCACUAAGUAG